AUGCUCCAGUUUUCAAGCUGCUUGAACCUGGUCAAGAAAGCGCGUCUACGAAAAUUUGCCGGAAGCGCUCUCGUUAUGCCGAAAAGACACCAAGAAGAUGUAGAGGUUGAUGCUUAUCGUCCACGCCCACGCCGUGCUUACCAGCAAGAAGGCGAUAGUUAUAGCUCGUAUGGCCGGGCCCGGGGGUACAGGGACCAACGUGGUGGUGAGACCGAACGCCGAGAAGGUUCAUCUCGAAGGAGACAUGACGAGGACGACAGACAUUGGAGACCUCGACACGGAGACAGGGACUAUAGGUGUCGAGACAGUGGUAGCGGAACAUAUAGGACAACUCGCUCGUACCAUAGCACCCAGACGCGUCGCGACCGUUCACCUGAUCGACCUUCAACGCGUCGACAUACACAUCGAGAUACGCCGCCGAGGUCAGAACACGGUAGAGAGCGCGGUACAACCCCCACCCAGCCCGCCUCCCAUAGGCAGCUACUGCCUCGCGAACCAGCCGCAGAUAGGAUAUCACGGAGUCGACCACCAUUCUUGGCACCAUCUAUUCCUCCCCGUGAGCCAGCAAAAGAUAGAAUGGUCCGUAAUCUUCCUCCACGACCUGCAGAAGAACGACGAGCGAAGUCAUCAUCGCCCCCUCGUCACAAAUCAAGAUUGCCGCCUCGAGAACCGGCCGCUGACAGAGCACCCCCAUCUCAAGCCCCUGUAAAAGAGCAGGAGCCUACGUCUCAUUACCUCGAUGUCACUCUGAAACCCUCAGUCACUCUAUCGCAACCCACCGACUUGCGUAAACUUCUCGUUUUGGAUCUGAACGGAACUCUUGUCCUACGGUCGCCUUAUAAGCCGCCUUCGAAGGGGUCGACACACAACCCGUAUGCUAACCCGCAUGCUCCACGCCCACUUCGUACUGUUCUUCCUCGACCGUUUUUGCCGUCGUUUCGGGAAUACCUGUUUCAUCCGAGGACCAAAGAAUGGCUCGAUACGAUGGUUUGGAGUAGUGCGCAGCCGCACAGUGUAGAGGACAUGGUCGAUCGAGCGUUCUGUGACCCUGAGUUAGCAGGAGCGAAGAAUAAGGAUGAGCUAGUCAGCUCCGGAAGGUUGGUUGCGGUAUGGGCACGAGACACUCUUGGGCUGCCAAGUAACAUGUAUUUCCAGAAAACGCAGACCACCAAAAAUCUGGAGACUCUGUGGAAGCAUUUCCAAGGGUCCGAGGGAGUGCAGCACUCGGCGUCAUCUACCCUGUUGUUGGACGAUUCGCCGCUGAAGGCACGUCUGCAGCCUUGGAAUCACCUCUGCGUGAAAGAGUAUACAAGUGAGACGAGGCUUGCAGAUUUACAAGUCGUUUCUGAAGACUCGGCGCCUUCUUACGACAUCAAUACCUACAACAACCUCGAUCUAACGCUGCUCGCUGUAAUCGGUGCCUUGGAUGCAAUCAAAUGGGAGGCUAAUGUUGCUGGAUGGGUUCGGAGCGGUGGACUCUCGCUGAAAGGCGCAGAUAGCGCUGAACCGUCUCGCGCUGAGAACUCUCAACUUCCCUCAAAGUCGCGUUCUGCAAGCCCCGUCGCUGUCCCGCCCCCUUCCUCGCCUCCUUCCUCCUCGCCUCUAGCUUCUCCUGUCGAAGUCGAGCACACCGCUGAAGAGAGAGUCGCGGGGGGGAUGUGGUUCGAAGAGUCUUCCAAUGUGAUCGCAUGGGCUACCCGAGGUCUAAGCGCGUUGAGGGAACUCGGAUUAGAGGUUGUGACCGGCAUCGUACCGGUUGAAGGGGAGGAAAGGAAGAAGUUGAAGAAGAAAGACAAGAAGAAAGACAGGAAGAUGAAGCUUGAGGCGCUGCCCGCUUGA